AAUAUACUUACGUGCAAUUCAUGUAUAAGAAAUAUAUUUUGUAUAAAUUUUCACGGGGAUAAAUACGUUAAUGAGAUAUCUGCAAAUGUAUACAUACUUUUGCGGGUUCCUGUAAAGAUAAGCAUAUAUGUAUGUAUAUAUAUGGACGCCUCUCUUUUGUUAUCGAGGGUUGAAAAUGUUUGAAAGGAUCUGCAAGUUGCUUGAAAUGUUCAGAGAUUCCUGAAUAAUUGUUGCCUAACAUUAUAUACAGACAGACAAGUUGGGAUUAUUUCGUCCCUCUAUUUUAACCUGCGACCUUAAACAACAACCCGGGAGGAAGCAAGAUGCGCUGCUUGAAUGAUUGACCGCUUACAGAUUCGUCGCUUGGGUGCAGCUGCUAGAAAAAAACGCGCGGGAGGCGGAAGCAGCUUUCACACCGGCAGCGGCAUUACAACGCCAGCGACAGCUAGCACCAGCUCCUCCAGCGGAAACAGUUUCACACCUCAGCAACAUCUACUCUCGCAACCUCAGCAACACCAGCACUCGUUCAUAGGGAGCUCCCAGCAGCAAAUCAGUCAGAUUAGCCUUAACCCAUCGUCAGGUAGCAGCCCCUGCAACGGAUUGGGCAUACGUCAAGAUGCAUCCAGCGUGCUCAACAGUCCAACAACUAUUGUAAACUCGGGCAGCUGCAACAGCACUGCCUACGGGAUGCAACAGCAGGUUGGAGGUUUGUCAACAGCGGCGGUGACGAGUACGCCGACAAUUAUAGGCAGCCACACCGCAAGCAAUGCCCUCAACAAUGGAGCGGGAGGAACAGUUUGCCCAGUGGGAGGUGUUAGUGGAGGCCUCAAUCUGCUGGGCAGCAUUGGCGGUCUGGGAGGUGGUGCCGCAGUCGCUGGUAUGGGCAUUUGCGGUGGUAUAAGCAGCACCGUGGGCAGUGCUGCUAUUACAGGAGUGCCGCCAAUCGGAUUGGGGAUUGCCACAGGAAUUGGGAAUAAGAUUAUGUUGGGUCGGAAGCAAAGCCUCAAGGGCGGUGAACCCUUUCUAGCUGACUACGGCCCGGAGGAAUCGUUAAACGAGAGCGCCGAUAUUGAGUGGGUGAACAAGUUGUGGGUGCGACGAUUGAUGCGUUUGUGCGCGUUAAUCUCACUGGCGUCCGUCUCCUUAAAUACGCCGAAGACCUUCGAGCGUCAUCCCUCAUUGCAGUAUAUCACUUUUGUCUUAGACACAGCUGUGACAGUGCUAUUCACGGCCGAAAUGAUUGCCAAAAUGCAUAUUCGUGGAGUUCUAAAUGGCGAGGUGCCUUACCUUAAGGAUCAUUGGUGUCAGUUUGAUGCCUCCAUGGUAAGCUUUCUCUGGGUCUCCAUCAUACUUCAAAUAUUCGAAGUGCUUGAAAUCGUACCUAAAUUCUCCUACUUAUCCAUUAUGAGGGCUCCGCGUCCGCUUAUUAUGAUACGCUUUCUUCGUGUUUUUCUUAAAUUUAGUAUGCCCAAGAGCCGCAUCAAUCAAAUCUUCAAACGCUCAAGUCAGCAGAUUUAUAAUGUGACGCUAUUCUUUUUGUUCUUCAUGUCGUUGUAUGGACUUCUCGGUGUGCAGUUCUUUGGAGAGCUGAAAAAUCAUUGUGUUAUGAAUAACACCGGUUAUGAUCAGUUGGGCAGGCCUGUACUCACAAUUAACUCAUUGGCGAUACCAGACACAUUCUGCUCAAUGGAUCCUGACUCAGGCUAUCAAUGCUCGCCGGGCAUGCGUUGUAUGAAGAUGGAUUUUUUGAGUAGCUACGUUAUAGGCUUCAAUGGCUUCGAGGACAUUGCGACAAGUAUUUUUACAGUAUAUCAAGCCGCCUCGCAAGAAGGAUGGGUUUUUAUUAUGUACCGCGCAAUAGACUCGCUCCCAGCAUGGCGUGCGGCAUUCUACUUCAGCACUAUGAUUUUUUUUUUAGCUUGGCUGGUUAAGAACGUGUUUAUAGCUGUCAUAACGGAAACUUUUAACGAGAUACGCGUACAGUUUCAACAGAUGUGGGGAGCUAGAGGCCACAUACAAAAGACGGCUGCUUCUCAAAUACUUAGCGGAAACGAUUCGGGCUGGCGAUUGGUCACAAUCGAUGACAAUAAGCAUGGCGGAUUAGCGCCUGAGACCUGCCAUGCAAUUUUGCGCUCUCCAUAUUUUCGAAUGCUGGUUAUGUCGGUUAUACUCGCUAAUGGUAUUGUGACGGCCACGAUGGCAUUUAAGCAUGACGGUAGGCCACGUCAUGUAUUUUAUGAGAGAUAUUACUACAUAGAGGUGAUAUUUACGUGUCUCCUCGAUCUCGAAACAAUGUUUAAAAUCUACUGCCUGGGUUGGCGUGGCUAUUACAAGCAUUCUAUACACAAGUUUGAGCUGUUGCUUGCAGCGGGUACUUCACUACACAUAGUUCCCAUCUUCUAUCUGUCUGGAUUGACUUAUUUUCAAGUGCUUAGGGUAGUGCGACUCAUAAAAGCCUCUCCCAUGCUAGAAGGCUUUGUGUAUAAAAUUUUUGGACCCGGAAAAAAGCUAGGCUCGCUUAUAAUCUUCACCAUGUGCUUACUAAUCAUUAGCUCGAGCAUUUCAAUGCAACUAUUUUGCUUUUUAUGCGACUUCACCAAGUUUGAGUCAUUCCCGGAGGCGUUUAUGAGUAUGUUUCAGAUUCUAACGCAAGAGGCGUGGGUGGAGGUCAUGGAUGAAACUAUGAUACGCACUAGUAAAACGCUGACACCGCUAGUAGCCGUUUAUUUUAUAUUAUAUCAUCUUUUUGUUACGCUCAUCGUGCUCAGUCUUUUCGUAGCGGUAAUAUUGGACAAUUUGGAGUUAGACGAGGACAUUAAGAAACUAAAGCAGCUAAAGUUUCGCGAGCAAAGCGCGGAAAUUAAGGAGACCCUUCCCUUUCGAUUACGAAUUUUCGAAAAGUUUCCAGACUCACCACAAAUGACCAUUCUUCAUCGCAUUCCCAAUGAUUUUAUACUGCCCAAGGUGCGUGAGAGUUUCAUGAAGCAUUUUGUAAUUGAAUUGGAAACGGAGGACCCAUCGCUUGUGGAGAACUGUAAACGGCCGAUGUCUGAGUGCUGGGAGUCCAAUGUUGUCUUUCGUAAGCAAAAGCCAGUGCGCAUUAUGAACAAAACCGCAAAGGUCAGAGCCGCAGGAAGCAGCCUCCGAAAAUUGGCCAUCACUCAUAUAAUAAAUGACAGUAACAAUCAGCGUCUUAUGCUGGGUGACUCGGCCAUGUUGCCAGUGGUGGGCACUAAGGGCGGCCUAAAAUCACAGGGUACCAUUACACAUUCCAAGCCAUGGCGGGUUGACCAAAAGAAAUUUGGAUCCCGCUCCAUACGUCGCAGCGUGCGCUCUGGAUCUAUUAAACUAAAGCAGACAUAUGAGCAUCUCAUGGAGAAUGGUGACAUUGCUGCUGCACCUCGCGCCAAUUCCGGCCGGGCUAGGCCUCACGACCUAGAUAUCAAGCUGUUGCAAGCGAAGCGUCAGCAAGCAGAAAUGCGACGCAAUCAGCGCGAGGAAGAUUUACGUGAGAAUCAUCCGUUCUUUGACACGCCGCUGUUUCUUGUGCCUCGAGAGAGUAGUUUUCGCAAGAUCUGCCAAAAAAUCGUUCAUGCACGCUAUGAUGCGAGGCUCAAAGAUCCAUUAACUGGAAAGGAGCGCAAGGUGCAGUACAAGAGCUUGCAUAACUUCCUUGGUCUUGUCACUUAUCUUGACUGGGUUAUGAUUAUUGCUACCACUCUUUCAUGCAUCUCCAUGAUGUUCGAGACCCCGAGUUAUCGUUUAAUGGAUCAUCCCACGCUGCAGAUCGCUGAAUAUGGUUUUGUUAUUUUCAUGAGCCUGGAACUUGCUCUGAAAAUUCUUGCUGAUGGUUUGUUUUUUACACCUAAAGCUUACAUCAAGGAUGUGGCUGCAGCGCUUGACGUUUUUAUAUACGUAGUUUCAACUUCAUUUCUUUGCUGGAUGCCACACAACAUACCCACCAAUUCGGCGGCCCAACUGCUGAUGAUUCUACGCUGCGUGCGUCCGUUGAGAAUCUUUACGCUGGUACCGCACAUGCGAAAAGUGGUCUAUGAGCUAUGUCGCGGCUUUAAAGAAAUCUUAUUGGUUUCAACGUUGUUGAUUCUUCUCAUGUUCAUCUUUGCUAGUUACGGAGUACAGCUUUAUGGUGGUCGUUUGGCACGCUGUAACGAUCCCACAAUAAUUCGUCGUGAGGAUUGCGUUGGUGUAUUUAUGCGACGCGUAUUUGUCACUAAAAUGAAGCUGACACCGGGUCCAGACGAAUCCUAUCCGGCCAUGUUGGUGCCGCGAGUAUGGGCCAAUCCCCGUCGCUUUAACUUUGACAAUAUUGGUGAUGCCAUGCUUACACUCUUCGAGGUGCUAUCGUUUAAGGGUUGGUUAGAUGUGCGCGAUGUUCUCAUUAAAGCCGUUGGACCGAUUCAUGCUAUUUACAUCCAUAUCUAUAUAUUUUUGGGAUGCAUGAUCGGCUUGACUCUAUUUGUUGGUGUAGUCAUCGCAAACUAUUCAGAGAAUAAAGGCACAGCAUUGCUCACCGUUGACCAGCGCCGAUGGUGUGACCUAAAAAAGCGUCUUAAGAUCGCUCAGCCUCUUCAUUUGCCUCCACGUCCGGAUGGACGAAAGAUUCGUGCCUUUACUUAUGACAUUACUCAGCACAUUAUCUUCAAACGGGUCAUUGCUGUGGUAGUGCUCAUCAACAGUAUGUUGCUGUCUAUAACGUGGAUCAAGGGCGAAGUCCACACGGAGCGUCUAGUCAUUGUUAGUGCUGUCCUGACCGUUGUUUUUGUCGUUGAAGUGGUUAUGAAAAACAUUGCAUUUACACCUCGUGGCUAUUGGCAAUCCAGGCGUAAUCGAUACGACUUGCUUGUAACCGUUGCUGGCGUGAUCUGGAUUAUAUUACAAACAAUUCUCAGGAACGAUUUAUCGUACUUCUUCGGAUUUAUGGUAGUUAUUCUACGGUUUUUUACUAUCACUGGAAAACACACCACACUAAAGAUGCUCAUGUUAACAGUCGGUGUGUCCGUGUGCAAGUCAUUUUUCAUCAUCUUUGGAAUGUUUCUAUUGGUAUUCUUUUAUGCCUUGGCCGGAACCAUUCUAUUUGGUACCGUCAAGUAUGGGGAAGGUAUUGGGCGACGGGCGAACUUUGGAUCACCGGUGACGGGUGUGGCAAUGUUGUUUCGUAUUGUCACUGGUGAGGAUUGGAAUAAGAUCAUGCAUGAUUGUAUGGUGCAGCCUCCAUACUGCACCCUAGGUGAGAAUUACUGGGAAACGGAUUGCGGAAACUUUACAGCAAGUUUGAUAUAUUUUUGCACAUUUUACGUGAUAAUUACGUACAUUGUGCUUAAUCUACUAGUGGCUAUUAUUAUGGAGAAUUUUUCUCUGUUCUACUCGAAUGAGGAGGAUGCUUUACUGUCCUAUGCAGACAUACGCAAUUUUCAGAACACUUGGAAUAUUGUGGACAUACAUCAGCGCGGAGUUAUACCCGUUAGAAGAGUAAAAUUCAUUUUGCGGCUUUUGAAAGGCCGGCUGGAGUGUGAUCCUCAAAAGGACCGGUUGCUAUUUAAGUACAUGUGUUAUGAACUAGACAAGCUUCACAACGGCGAAGAUGUAACCUUUCACGAUGUAAUUAACAUGCUAUCGUAUCGCUCUGUAGACAUACGUAAAGCGUUGCAGCUGGAGGAACUGCUGGCGCGUGAGGAGUUCGAAUACCUGGUGGAAGAGGAAGUAGCCAAGAUGACAAUUCGUACCUGGCUUGAAGGUUGUCUAAAGAAGAUACGGGCGCAAAAUGCUAGCAAACAACAAAACUCACUGAUUGCAGGAUUACGUGCCACUAAUGAGCAGUUGGUGAUGCGUGCCAAUGCGCAGGAGGACAAAACGUCCAGUGGAAUAUUAGAAAAAUCAGCUAUAAGCACCAUAAGUGGUGCAGUUGCUGGUACUUGCCCGCCCACAAGUGAUGCUUUCUCCCCAACUUUAAGCUCGACGGAAAAUGAUGAAAAGGAUGUCAGUAGUAGCGCAGUGGUGCUUCCUCACACUGAUUCACAUGUUUCUAGUGUUCGCCAUGUCAUGUCAGUUGGCAAGCGUGCAUAUGCUCUUAAUCGCAGCGACUCAACUGGUAGUUCGGCAGGGAGAAAAUUUUUGGCACCCACAUCUAGCGAUCCACAGCAGCGCUCAACACUGAGUGAUAAGGAGCGACUACACAUUAGCAGCCAGCAGCGUAAAAAAAAUUCGAUGACUACACUACCGCAUGUUGUCCAGCUGGGUCAGUUGGGAAAACAGCGUGAGACAAACAAGUCAUCCAGUUUUUUUUCGCAGCUAAACAGCGAGAUUGGACAGUUUUACUAUCCGACCAUUAACGCGACUGCUGUUGCUGUUGCCGCACUGCAUACCUUUGCGGAUCAUCAUCAGCAUCUUCAUGGACCACUGAGUAGCCCCUCGGCCCUAAUAAGUCAGCUAAUUGCAGGCAGUGGAAAACUGCUACCAUUCAACAAUCAGGCAAACGCUGUAUAUGAGGUGCAUGACUGGUGGCAAGAGCAGGUGCUGUGCUCGCAGACAAGCGACGAUGAGGUAUAAGAAGAAAAGGCACAAGGAAUUAUACUUGAUUACGACGAGAGCUAUACACAUUCUCAUUACCAUGCAUCCAUAAAUUCGAAACUAGUAGCCUAGAAAAUUUUAUAUAUGCUUUCUAAUGAAUGAAAACUGGCAUAUUGUUCUGAGAAUCUGACAUACGCAUAAUAUACUAUAUAUGCAUGUACAUAUGUAUUGGUGUUGUUGCCUUUGCACUUCUCUUAGUAGCUACUCAGUUCGUAAUAAUACUUAAAAGUUAUACAUAUAUUACUAAUUAAAAUUGCCUAAGCAGUUUACUGUAGUGGGAGCGAAAUAAAAAACAGCGAUGCCGUUCUAUCACACAAA